UUUUUUUGCAGAAGCUACCUUCGUGUGUUUGUUUCCCAAGGCUGACCGUCAUGUCAUCAUCUUUCGGUCUUUAUUGCAGACAUACAAUAGAACAGCUGACAAUGUGCAGCCAUAGUAACGCCACGCCGCUCCUCUCCCUGAAGUGAUGUGAAUGGAAAGUGGAGAGCUGCUGCUGCUGCUCCUCCUCCUCCUCUCUCCAGGUUCAAGGUAUAAAGGGAGUCUCCUCCUGCCGGUGUGAUGGACGAGGAGGAGCCCAGAUUCCAGCAGCCUCUGGCGCCUCCAGUAUCUGCCAGAUUGAGCGGAUGCGCGGAUGAUGGGAGCGGCUGGGGGACCGAGAUGAAGAGAUUCACGCUUGGAGGCGGGGCUGCACGCAAAAGCUCCAGCAACAACAACGAGCUGUGGCUCCUGCAGGACGAGGACUCCUUUAAGGAACCUCUGGGCACCGCUGACAGCGCCGACUCCGCUUUGUUAUGCCCCGGGGAGGCUGCUGGUGGCCGGGGCGGCUCCGCGUCAGAGCACCACAGAGGGGACACAGUUUCGGAGGCAAGCGUGACAGGAGCGGGGCCCGUCGGAAUGAUAUGCAACAAGAACGGAGACUGUAGAAGGGACCCGACCAGUUCAGGGAGCCUGUCUUCUCUCAUCUCCAGACAAGAGAAGCAGGCGGAUGGAGCCGUAGAGAAUGAGGACGGACAGGGGCAGUCCGGGGGGAUGGACGCCUCUGUCACUUCCGUGGGGUCCCUAAUUCAGGGGCCCGUCGGGACUGAGGUCAAGACCAGCGCAGCGACGGAGAAGAAGGACUCCAGAGUUUCCUUCUCCAACGCCACGACUAGUAAAGGUCAGAUGCCGCCGGGCGUGCAGUCAAGAAACUCUGUCACUUUCUCUAAAGCGGAGGACAGUUCUCAGAUAGUUCCGGACGAUGGGGACACAAGGGGGAACCAGACGUACAUGCAGCGGCAGUUCAGCUCCAUGCUCCAGCCUGGAGUUAACAAAUUCUCCCUGCGCAUGUUCGGGAGCCAGAAGGCGGUGGAGAAGGAGCAGGAGCGCGUAAAGUCUGCGGGGAACUGGAUUAUCCAUCCAUACAGCGACUUCAGGUUCUAUUGGGACUUUACCAUGCUGAUGUUCAUGGUCGGCAACCUGAUCAUCAUCCCGGUUGGGAUUACUUUCUUCAAAGACGAGACGACAACGCCCUGGAUCAUCUUCAACGUGGUCUCGGACACCUUCUUUCUCAUGGACCUGGUGCUCAACUUCAGGACGGGCAUCGUGUUCGAAGACAACACUGAGAUCAUCCUGGAUCCCAAGAAGAUCAAGAAGAAGUACCUGAAGAGCUGGUUCAUCGUGGACUUUGUUUCCUCCAUACCUGUGGAUUAUAUCUUCCUCAUUGUGGAGAAGGGCAUCGACUCGGAGGUGUACAAGACGGCCCGGGCGCUGCGCAUCGUCCGGUUCACGAAGAUCCUCAGCCUGCUGCGCCUCCUCAGGCUGUCCAGACUCAUCCGUUACAUCCACCAGUGGGAGGAGAUCUUCCACAUGACCUAUGACCUGGCUAGUGCUGUGAUGAGAAUAUUCAACCUGAUCGGGAUGAUGCUGCUGCUGUGCCACUGGGACGGCUGUCUGCAGUUCCUCGUUCCCAUGCUGCAGGACUUCCCGUCUGACUGCUGGGUGUCACUGAACAAGAUGGUGAACGACUCAUGGAGCGAGCUCUACUCCUUCGCCCUCUUCAAGGCCAUGAGCCACAUGCUGUGCAUUGGAUACGGCAGGCAAGCCCCAGAGAGCAUGUCGGACAUCUGGCUGACCAUGCUCAGUAUGAUUGUGGGAGCGACCUGCUAUGCCAUGUUUAUUGGCCACGCAACCGCCCUCAUCCAGUCUCUGGAUUCAUCGAGGCGGCAGUACCAGGAAAAGUACAAGCAAGUGGAGCAGUACAUGUCAUUCCACAAACUGCCGGCUGACUUCCGACAGAAAAUCCACGAUUACUACGAGCACAGAUACCAAGGGAAGAUGUUCGACGAGGAGAGCAUCCUGGAGGAGCUAAACGAGCCUCUGAGAGAAGAAAUUGUCAACUUCAAUUGCCGUAAGCUGGUGGCCUCCAUGCCGCUGUUUGCCAACGCCGACCCGAACUUUGUGACAGCCAUGCUGACCAAGUUGAGGUUUGAAGUCUUCCAGCCAGGAGACUACAUCAUCAGAGAAGGCACCAUUGGCAAGAAGAUGUACUUCAUUCAGCACGGGGUGGUGAGCGUCCUGACCAAAGGGAGCAUCGGCAUGAAGCUCAUGGACGGCUCCUACUUUGGCGAGAUCUGUCUGCUGACCCGAGGCAGAAGGACAGCCAGUGUUCGAGCUGACACCUACUGCCGCCUGUACUCUCUCUCGGUGGACAAUUUCAAUGAAGUGCUGGAAGAGUAUCCCAUGAUGAGGAGGGCCUUUGAGACGGUUGCCAUCGACCGACUGGACCGGAUAGGCAAGAAGAACUCAAUCCUGAUGCACAAAGUUCAGCACGAUCUCAACUCCGGUGUUUUCAACAACCAUGAGAAUGAGAUGAUUCAGGAGAUAGUCAAAUAUGAUCGGGAGAUGGUUCAGCAAGUGGAUGUGCCACUGCCAAGGGCGAUGUCCAUGACCCCUCCGCUCCCCGGCGGGAUCUUUGCUCCUCCUGGCUCCUCCGCUCAGCCUAGAGACUCGGCAAUCGCCACCCUGCAGCAAGCCGUGGCGAUGAAUUUUUGUAACCCCAUGCAAGGAAACUCAGUAGGAGCAGGGCCCUUGCAGUCUCCUAGGAUGGUGAGGAGAUUCCAGGUGAUGCCGAGUGUAUCCAGCCCGGUCUCUGCUUCUCCGCUCCAGUCGCAACUCCUUGCCUCCGGUGCCUUUGCUCCAGUCUUGGCCAGCCCCACCGUUCAGAGUCCACUGGCUGCUGGAGGACGAUCAUUCCAGUAUGGAUCCAGUGCGCUGACCGGUCCGAUAUCAGGCUCCCAGCUAUCUCUAGUUCAGCAGCAUAUCGCCAGUCCUGUACACCGGCCCAGCAUGCAUAAGAGCACCCAUUCUUUGCACCUGGGCAGCCUGAGCCAAGAUGUCAGGGCCCUGUCAGCAUCUCAGCCCUCACUGCCUCAUGAGGGGGUGCAACCAGCUGUCCCCAGUCCACCCCAGUCAAUACAAGUUUCUUCCACUUCUAUCGGACCCCCUCAGACGCCAAUGGGCCCCGCAAGCAUUCGGAGUGCAGUACCUCAAAGGGUGGUACUACCCCACCAAAUGUCAGUGGGGGCCUUCCCCGUAGCAUCUUUGCCUGGUUCUGCACAUGGGUUUGCAGCAGGGGUGGCAAUGGGUAGCGUGGGAACAGGUCAGGGGGACACGCUACCGCCUAAAAAGGACUCAAUAACGAGCCUUCCAGAGACAGACCACAUGAAGGUGAGAUCUAGGCUAUCCUCAAACUUGUGAUCUUAAUCAUACUAUACUAGGAGGAGUGACUGAACAAGGAACACGAUCACAGGAACACGUUCCUCUUCUUUUUCCAAGUUUGACUAUCUGAAUGUAUGAAUGUUGAGCGAGCUGGUAGCAUCCAAAAUAUAUGAAUCUAAUGACGUUUGAUUCUACAACACAGAGAUGUUUCUACUCACAGGUGUAGUUGCACAGAUAAGUAAAACUAAAGUAGCAUAUUUCACAGCAUAGCUAACAAUAUAUUCUUCAGUGUCCUCCCAUUCUCCUCUUACGAUAUAAACCUGAGGUCAGAUGGUUUAAAACUGUUAUUCAGGGAACUGCUUUAGACAUCAGACAUUGGAACUUAAUUUGUGAUUAUUUACUGUAACUUCGUAAUGUGCCAGAGCUCCUUUUAAACUGUUAGACUUUUUUGCUUCAUUGUCCCUUUCAAGAUAUCUUUAUCGACUUUUUGGGAAGCACAAAUAAUAACAACAACAAAAAAGAGACAAUUUUUUGACUACCUUACGACAACGGUAAAAGCCAUACUUCAGAUAAAAUAUUAUGAUUGGACUGCUGACAGUAUUAAGAAAAUUAUAAUUUUACCGGCAUUUCGACUAGCAGUGAAAAUGUAAUGCACAAAAAACCCCAAGAUUCUUAAAAGGAUAGUUUGGUUUUCAGUAGACAGCAAUCAGAGCAAAUUCAGAUUGAAGAAGUAACCAUACACAGAAAGAACUGAUCCUUUGGCUUCAUUCACACCAGACUGAGACUGGCUUAUGGCCUCCAGACCCUACAUGACUGUUAGAAGGUUGCUGAGUCAGGUAAAAUCUCCAUUUCAGUAGGCAGUGAUAAUCCUGCUGUGCCUUUAGUACUCAUCAAAUAUGAUUUUUUUUUACAUUGUUUUCUUGCAAACUUACAGCCACAGGUGUCACAUCUUCUCUGAGUUUCUUAUCAGUCUAUAAAAUUAGUACAUACAUAUUUGACACCAUCGGUUUCAGUCUUACUAUGGUUUUCUGAAUCCUUUGUAUCCCGAGUAAUAAUGCUAACUGGGUCCAACACUGUACAGACUGGCAAGUCUCUGGUGUGAGCUUAGUCUGGAGUGAAGGGAACCUUACCGAGACAGAAAGUAAAUCAUAGAUUUUGUUAAUUGAUAGGAUGUUAUCACAAGGUAUAAUCGUUAUGAUAAGGUAAAGACUACUCUUAAACUCUUCACGUAACCCCACUAUGAAAGAACCAAACUAUUCAGUUAAGAUCAUGAGGGAUGUUAUAAUCCAUACUGAAACUACAGUGGUGGGAUAAAUGUGUGUGUUUUUUUUUUUUUUUUUUCAAAAAUAAUUGAUUUGUGCUCUAGUUAUCCCCAUGUUUGUUCACUUUAGAGUUCAUAAAUCUAAAGAGGUUGAGUUUUCAACCCUACAUCACUAUGCACCUUUCUGUUUUGUUUUUGAAGAAACAUUUACUGGGUCAACAACACCCUUUCAACCACAUGGAAGUCCUACUAGCAGCCAAAAAUGUUACAGUAAAUUAUGCAAAGUUCGACAAUUUGCUCAUCAAUAUUGUUUUUUUUUUAAAAUAAUCAAAUAUAUAUAUAUAAAUCUGUAACUUACUAGCCAUGGCCAGAAAAAGGUUAUCGACAACAAAGAAACAUGCUUAUAUCUGUUGGAUGUAUCCAAAAAGUUUAAUAUACAAAGUUUGCUUCGGUCCUCUGCACUGACUAAUCGGACUCAAAUGCAUCCCAGGAAGCAGUUCGUAUUGCCCAGACUUGAACUGUGAUUCACUGCCAGUUACAAACUAGAAACUUAUUACAAGUUUAAUCGUAAACCAGGACCCCUAUCAUUGCAAUGUAAAUUCAUUCUUUUCUAAUACUGAGUUUUCACUUGCCUUUAGUGGCCGUUUAGGCGAUGCAUCUCUAUGCCAAAGUCAAUUCUCACAAAUAAUGAAUCUCCUGUUACCGCCACAAUUUAGAUAAACAGCCAAGGACAGCGCUGAUCCCUCGCAGGACGUAUAUUGCAGUGUGCCUCUGUCAUUGAUGCCUCAGCAAGAAAUCAUCGAAUGCCACUGAUUUGUGUCCAAAAGCGUUAGGAAGAAGACCCUUUUCUCCUGGACCUGACAUGCUAUUCACCUCAGCUCACGAUUGGCUGAAUCAUUACAGGGUAAUGAGAGUGGAAAAUGGAAUCCCUCAGGCCUGUUUGGGUCCGUUAUUAUCAUCCUUCAGCUGGAUUUUAUUAUACUGUGCCAAUAAUGAGUUCCUCUCCUAUGAUCAUUUUGCAUUUGCAUCCUGUUUAGUCUGCGUUCUUGCACAGUCAUCCACCUUGGGAGUUUCAAAUUGGACAAAAAAAGUUGACGGUUUUAAAGUAUUUUUAUAUAGUUUUUUUUUUUUUUAAGAUCUAUUGUGUUGUUUUUGUCUUGUGAUUAAAUUAUGCCCACAGGAACUCAUUUGGGUACUCCAAGGUAAUUAAUACAGGCUUGUUAUGAGAAUUGUGCUUAUUUUACACUGUGUCCAGGAUGCAUGGUCCUGGGAUAGAAGACGCAGUUAGUGACCAAAUUAGUUUUGGACCCAAGAGCAAUGGUGCAGGGAAAAAGAAACUAAAACAUGACUUACCAUAUAACAAUAACAGUUCAUGUAUACAUUCACUGAGCACCUUUUUGGGCACAUCUGUUCAGUUGCUUGCUCACACAAAUAAGUUAGGAAAAGACUUGGCAGCAUUUCAGUGCUGUUAGGAAUCUAGUUGACUUUCAACACGACUUGAGUUCAAACCAAUAACCUGCAAAGGGGAGGGAAGAUGGUUUAAAUAACUUUGGAUUUACCAUAGAUUUUGGUGCCAGAUGGGACAGAAACUGAUGAUCUACAGGGACUUUCACUCACAACUAUCUUUGGGAUUUCCAGUGAAUAGUCUAGUUGUGUAGAAGGAAUUCAACUUUUAAGGUUGCAACUGGUGCGUAUGUUUUCUUGGCACAUUUUGGACAAUUUAGUGCUAAUUGAGCAUUGUUAAACACAACAAUCCCCCUGAGCAGGACCACCUCUUUCCCUUAUGGCCACAGUGUAGCCAUCUUCCAGAAGGAACUGUACCGUGUCAUAAAGCUCAAUCUCAAACUAAUUUCUUAGACUCUCUUCACAGUGGUGAACUCAUUUGAGAUAUGGUGGAUUGUCGAAAUUUUAACUAAGGAUGUCCAGCCAACAAAUCUGCAGCAACUUUUGAUCUGUCAUUCCUAGAACUAGCCUGGUGUGCCUAAUAAAGUGGGCAGUGAAUGUAAAUUCAGAGAACCAUCACAAAGCUCCAGAUAUUGUAUGAAUUUUUUAUUUUUUGGGCCAAUAAAAAAACAGUAAUUUUCAUGAAACCCAUCAGUUUAGAAUUAAACCAAAGCUACAGAUGAUGCAGCUUUUGUUACACAAAACUCGCCCAACGCAGGUCAGAUAUCAGACCACUAAACGAAUCCAGUCGAUUCCUAUGAAUGUGACAUUUGUGACUACAAGCAAUAAUGGUCUAAUAGCAGACUGAGUGGCAACCUUAUGCAGAUGAUACUCAAUUAUACUCUUGAUUUGUCUGUGGAGAUGUAACAUUUUAAACCUUACACUGGUUUUUGAAACUUUACUGAAAACUUUGUGUUCGAUGUUUCUUUUUGUAAGCAGAUAAUUCAGUUGAAACCACCAUCCUUACUAUGAAUAACUUGACUGACAUGGUUAUUUCUAUGUGUAAACAUAGCUUGCAUCAUGUAAACGAGACUAUUUAUUUAUGUAACCUGGUUCACUAUUAUUGUAGACCUAUUAAAAAAAGGACAUGUUGAAAUAAUUAUUGUUUUUCUCUGACAGAAAGCAUAUUAUGAUCUGGACUGAACUGACCAAUCUUAAGAAUUAAAGCAAAAGAAAACGAGUUGACAUGA